CUUCAACCGCUAAUUAUGAACAACAUUACUAUUUUUGGUCACAUGGAUGGAGACCUACGUCGAACUGUCCAAUUUCUUCAAGAAAGAAAUGUUAAUGUUGUUAUCCAUGAUGAGCAUGACCUUAAUGUCAUCCGUGUUCGAGAGGCAAAAGAAAAAGAAAUUGCCAAGGCAUUGUUGAAGAAAAACGAAAAGACCACCGUUUCGGGCAAGGGAAAGGAAAAUGCAUGUUCAGUAGCACAUAACAAUAAUGUUAUAUCGAAAGCUGCAUUGGCUCAACGUGCACGACGAGAACGCAAAAGAAAUGAUAAGGCAAGCUCUUCAUAUCAAUUGGGACAACGUUUGCGACGUGAACGAGAAAGAUCGAGAGAAUGGAUUCCACCAAGCACAACUAAUACUCCACCGGCUCAGAAAGCAGUAAUGUUUACACAUCUACCUUCGCCAAGCACAUCUUUAGCUUCACAAAGGAAUUGGCCUACUCAUGCAAACCCAUUGCUCCAUGAGACUAGGAAUAUCGGUGUUGUUAUUCGUGAUGAGUGCAAUCUUAAUAUUAUCCGCAAUUCUAAGGCAAAGGAAAAGGAAAAGGCCAAGGCAAUGUCUAAAGGAAAAGAAAAGGCAACUUCUUUUGACAAAGGAAAGGAAAACGCAUGUACAAUGGUAUAUAUUCAACAUCUUUAA